AUGGAGCGUUUAUAUUCAUUUUAUGACUCUGUUACAGAGAGAGAGACAUUUCAUAUUCAAAGCGAAUGGCUUGGUAACAAGAUUGAUCUAGAUUCAGAAAACAAUGACAAUAUUGACUAUUGCCUGAUUACCAUCACCAACACAACAGAACACUGGACCUGUAAAAUCACACGCGAAUUAUUACUUGAAAACUUUAAAGUGAGCAAUGCCCUUGUACAAAAACAGAGAAACAAUGUCCUUACAGCAGCAUUUCAAGGAGAACAGUCCAUUUGUGGUGAUAGACUUGAAUGGAGAGUCACUCGAGAUAAACAAGAUCAAGAUAAAUUACAGAUGAAAUUAAGAACAUAUGAUGGUGACAUUGCCUUGACUGCAGGUCUGUUUCUGUUAGACAAAGUACCAGAAUCAGACUCAAAAGAAUUACAUGCAUCAUGGUUUAAAAACUGUGCUAUAGCAUCGCGUACUUCUACUGAAAUAUGCAGAGCUCUACAGCAACGUACUUUGGAUAUCGAAAAGACAUGUAAUGAAUACAAACAGAUCAUUGAAGCCAUGACAGUCAAAAUGAACCAAAGUAAAUUCAUUAUGCUGGACAAAUUUACCAAUUUAUUAAACGCAAAGAAAAGAAAAGCACGGGCCUACAAAAAUGAGUACAAAAAGCCAAGCAAUAAGCGAUUAAGACAGGAAGUGAUGGAUACCAGUGCCAAAUCUCAACACAUGAGCCCUAAAUCAACUGUGUCAACAUCACUUGAAGUGUGCUCACAGAUUCACAAAGAAAAAGUUAUCAAGUCAAAUCAUCAGGACGAUGACUCAGACUUUUCGGAGGAUGGCAUUGAUUGUCCAAGAACUGUUCGAUGAUUUUAUACCCUCUCUUGUAAUUUAGAUAGUUACAAUAUAGCCUAGAAUAUCAGAUAAACUUAAUAAACCCACUAAUUUGUAUGUAUCAGGUUCAAUCACAACCAGGCGAUAGACUCUCUUUUUGCGAAUGGUUUUGAAUAUAGAGUAGAGUGUAUCAUUAAC